AUGUCCAAGUUACGGGGACAAGGGUAUGAUGGAGCUAGUAAUAUGAAAGGUGAGCUAAAUGGCCUUAAAACAAAGAUUUUGAACAAGUUUAAUGCUAGUAUUUUGGUCAAUAGUAGUAUUUUGGUCAAUACUAUUGCAAAGGGAAUUGAGGGUGUCGCAAAGAGAAUUGAGGGUGUCACCAUUUUCUUCAACAAUGCUAGUAUUUUGGUCAAUACUAUUGGAUCAUCAUUUAGUAUUAUUAUCAUGUUUGAAGCUGUGGUGGAAGGGCUUCAAUGGAUUAAAGAUGACACCAACCAAGACAAUUUCGGUGAAGCAAAUCAAGAUAUUGUGAAUGCGAAGGCGUUAGUGGAAGUAUGCAAGCAAAGACUACAAUCAUUGAGAGAUGAUGACUUUGGGGACUUGCCUGAUGAUGUACAAAAGUUUUGUGAAGAGCAUGAUACUGUCGUUCCUAACAUGGAGGAUUUGCAUUUUGUACCCAGAAAAUUAAAGCGUAAAGCUCCAAGAUUCACAAACUUCCAUUACUACUGUGUGGAUCUCUAUUUUCAAGUCCUUGACAUGCAAUUAAAGGAAUUGAAUGAUCACUUCAAUGAGGUAAAUACCGAGUUGCUUCUUUGUAUGGCGUGUUUGAAUCCGGUGAAUAAUUUUGCAUCUUUUGACAAAGAAAAAAUUGUUCGUUUAGCCCAACUUGAUCCUCAAGAUUUUGAUCGUAUGGACCUCAUGAAUCUUCCAAUUCAACUUCACAAUUAUAUUCACGAUAUGAAGAUGCAUAGUGAGUUUUCAUCAUUGAGAGGAAUUGGUGAUCUUGCAAAGAAGUUGGUGAAGACCGGGAGGUGUGCAAGCUAUAUGUUAGUGUAUAAGCUUCUUACGUUGGCUUUGGUGUUACUGGUUGCAACCGCUUCAGUGGAGAAAGCUUUUUCUGCUAUAAAGAUUGUGAAAACACCAUUGCGUAACAAAAUGGGAGAUCAAUGA